AUGGAAAGAAGGCCAUGGUGCUGGUACUGUGGUGAUAGUGAUUUUGAUGAAGAAAAGCGUUUAAUCCUACAUCAAAAAGAAAUGCAUUUUAAGUGUCCUUACUGUAAUAAAAAGUGCAAUACGACGCGUGAACUGUCUGUUCAUGCAGACAAAUAUCACAAACAAACAAUUUACACGGUUCCAAAUUCAAUAAAAGGACGGAGAUCAAUGGAUAUAAAGAUAUUCGGUAUGGAAGGAAUUCCCGAAGCUGAUAUGAAAAGAUAUAUAACAGAAGAACUUACGGAACUAACUGGAGAGGAGCAACUUGCUCAACAUCAAGCAAUGAUGCAAAAUGUUCCAACAGCGGGCCAAUCAUUCUCUUAUUCUGGUUAUAAUUCUCAACAAAAUAUGCCAUCGUUGAUACCUCACCAGCACAGUCAGUUUUAUCAAAGGCCUGGUGUUAAUUUAGCACAAACAUAUUUACUUAUUCGGCCGGGUCAAAUUCCUGAACAAUGUCGUCAUCCAAUAUCUGGUGUCAGUCAACCACCUGGAGGACAGAUUCAACCAUCUACAACGGGAACAUCGGCGAUUUAUUCGAAUAAUAAUAUUGCACCUGCAUCUCAAAUUUACUCAGUUGGAAUACUUCCGUCAGAUCCUUCCGAAACGAGUACAAAUGAAACUGCUCUGUACAGUGCAACACAAGAAACCUCUGCUCGAACAGGAUUGCCAAAUAUAGAAUUAAUUUACAGAGACAAUGAAGUUUCGAUGGAAGAAAAACGAGCAGAACUUGAAAAAUAUCGAUACGAUGGUGACCAAUUCAAUCAGCAGCUGCAUGCUUUCGAACCGCCUGCGCGAUUUCAUGCUUCAAAGUUUAAUGAGAGAGUUGUGUAA